AUGGGAAUUAUGAUAUGGAAUAACAAGGUGCUGAAAAACUGUAAAGAUCCAGUAGACGCCAACGAUGUCACCACGAAGUCCUUCGUUUCCGGAGAAUUGGAGGAUUUAAAGCUGGAAAUUAGGACACUUUAUGAUGUUAUGACCAACAGAAUAGAGGAAUUAAAGCUGGAAGCUAGGAGAAGUAAUGAUGCUAUGGUAAACAGCUUUAAAAAUUAUUCGUCAGAGACUUCGAAGAAGCUUAAAAGCUUGGAAAUAGGAUUCAAGCAUACUGAAGAAAAAUUACAGGAAUAUACUCAAAGUGUUUAUAUAUGCGCAGAUCCUCCUGAAAGCGGGUACAGCAGCUCAAAAUUUCAGAAGGUGACAUUUACUUCGUUCAGUAAUAAUUUACUGAAUGGAGCACUCAUGACAUUGAAUGAAAGUGUAAAGGCUAAAAUAACCUUCUUCGCACUCAUAGAUAAUAAUGGUACUUAUCUUGAAAGUGUGGUUGAAGCUCAAAUUUUUAAACGGGAAGUUGUUUCAUGUGAUAGAGAAAAUAAAAUGAUUUUGAAACCAUAUCAACCAAAAUUGCGUUUAAGUUUAUAAAAAAAAAUAUCUGUUUUCGUUGCAGAGUCUGUUCAAGGUCCUCAUGAGAAGCGCCUGUUGACCGACUUGCUUACAACCUACAACGUUCUAGAAAGACCUGUUGCGAACGAAUCGCAGCCACUACUGUUAAGCUUUGGUUUGACGCUGCAACAAAUUAUUGACGUAGAAGAAAAGAGCCAAAUUAUCACAACAAACGUUUGGCUGAAUCUGGAAUGGGUGGACGUGAACUUACGAUGGAAUGCAAGUGACUACGGUGGAGUAAAAGAUCUUAGGAUUCCUCCCUGGAGAAUCUGGAAGCCGGAUGUGCUAAUGUACAACAGCGCAGACGAGAAGUUUGAUGGGACCUACCACACGAAUGUUGUGGUACGCAGCAAUGGAAGCUGCACGUACAUCCCUCCAGGAAUCUUCAAGAGUACAUGCAAGAUAGAUAUUACAUGGUUUCCCUUUGAUGACCAAAAAUGUAACAUGAAGUUCGGCUCUUGGACAUAUGAUGGAAACCAAAUAGACCUUAGAUUGUCCUCCGAAGAAGGUGGAGAUCUCUCCACCUACAUUACCAACGGAGAAUGGGAGCUAAUUGAAGUGCCCGGCACUCGUAACGAGAUCAUAUACUCCUGCUGUCCUGAGCCUUACGUGGAUAUCACCUUCUCUAUUCACAUCCGGCGUCGUACGCUUUACUACGGCUUCAACCUCAUCAUCCCUUGCGUCCUCAUCUCAUCCAUGGCUUUACUGGGAUUUACUCUACCUCCCGAUUCAGGAGAAAAGUUAACACUAGGAGUUACUAUACUGCUGUCUUUAACUGUGUUCCUUCUGUUGGUUGCUGAGACUAUGCCGCCGACAUCGGAUGCAGUGCCUCUAAUAGGUACUUAUUUCGCUUGCAUCAUGAUCAUGGUUGCUUUCUCUGUGGUGAUGACAGUCGUUGUCCUCAACUACCAUCACAGGAGUUCAGAUACACACGAGAUGCCAGACUUUAUCCGAUCCUUAUUCCUCGUCUGGCUACCAUGGUUUUUGAGGAUGGAUAGACCAGCGCAGAAACUGCAACGGAAAGUUUUCUUUGGGUCCAAAAAAGAGCUGGAGAUGAGGCAAAGAUCUUCUAGGAGCUUGCUAGCCAAUGUGAUGGACAUUGAUGAAGAAUACCUUGCAUCAGAUGAACAACCUGCUACCGUCCGUGGUUGCUUCGCCACUCAGCGAGAAUUAGUUGCCAUUCUUCGAGAGUUAAAAUACAUUACUGCACGUAUGAAGCGAGAGGACAAAGUAAACGAUAUUAUUGCUGAGUGGAAGUAUGCGGCUAUGGUCGUAGACAGGGUGUGCCUGAUCAUAUUCACAGCCUUCACUGUAUUAUCUACAUGCAUCUGUCUGUUUUCAGCUCCUCAUCUGGUGGCCUGAUCCUUUUCCUUCACUAGUAGAUAUAAAUUUAGAUUCCAAAUAACCUUACAGUCAUUCACGUCCGCAUUUAAAAAUAGAGAAUAAUGAUGAGUUUCUCAGUAAGAAUUUUACCAACGUACAUUUUAUUACUACUAAUGUAUAGAACGAUGCAUUUUAGAUACAUAAUUUUAUUCUGUAGCAAACAGAAAAAUAGAGACAAUAAUAUAACUACAUUAUUCAAAAUAUAUCAUUUUUGAUGCUUCGUUACAUAUAACGCGCGAUCAGUAGUGAGUAUUGUCAAAUACAGUUCCUUUGUUUAGGUAAUCAAAGUUUAAUUUCUUAGCAUUACCCGCAAAGUAAUAGUCAUACUGCGUAGUUAAUUUAGACGCGAAAUUUCAUUUAUGUUGCUUGAACGAUCUCGUGAAAUACUCACUUCUUAAUUGCAAUACAUCUAUAAACAAUGCUAAAACCUGUCCUGAAUCAUAAAGUAGAUUAAAAAUGCAGUAUUAAAUGUUAGUAGAAGGUUUAUAUUUCUGGAAGUAAUGAAGUUGUUUGACUUAAAGUUUAGAAUAAAUAGAGUUGUAAUAUCAGAACAACUCAGGUGCUAUGAUUCUAAUGAG